AAUAUUACCUUUAAAAUUGGUUUUUAACGGUUUUAUUCAGCUUUUCUGGUGGUGUUUUAAGUAACAAAGGGCUCACCAACGCAACGUUCCCGGUCGUUCCAGCGCGCUAACGACAAGUAGCAAACAACCUAGCCUCUAGCUGUAUCUCUAAGCUAACAAGUACGCAGUUUUGAUCGCUUGAAACAAGUCGUACAUAAUUUAAAAUGGUCGUGGAUGAUGUCAAAUUAUCGACUAUCUUUAAAGGAAAACGAAUCAAACUGACCCUCAAGACUUCAUCGUUCUUCGGGGUUGUCAAACGCAUCAACCCCAACAAAACUUUGAUUUUGACGGAAGUUGUUGACAGCGAUGGCUGCAGGUUUCCUGGAACAAAAAUGUUCUUUGGCCAUGAGAUCCUGAAUGUGGAAUUUACCCGCGAGGAGAACAGUGGAAAUAUUCACCAUCACAGACUUGAGGACCACUUGAAUGUAGUAAAGUUUCAGCCAUACACGAAGACAGUCACAUUGGAUGAUGAUGACGAAGAGGAAGAAGAGUGCGUCAAGUUUGUAGUUAUCGAUGAGUUUCAUGAGAAGUUUGGACCUGCUGUAAUGCAUAUCAAAAAACAGCGUGUGAUCGGUGUGGGAGCUGAAGGAGUUGAGUCAUUCGAGACGGAAGCUGGUGUUGGCUGCAGAUUGCCAUUAAAAAACAAGGUUUACCUAUUUGAUGUCCUGUUACUUGGAGCCCGGGCUUUUAAGAAUGGCCUCUCCAUGAUCCUGGAGAAUACUAUUUUAAAGGUCAUUCAUGACUGCAGAGCCAUUGCUGGAUGUCUGAUUGCUCAGUUUGGAGUAAAGCUUGCAAACGUCUUUGACACUCAGGUGGCAGAUGUCAUGUGCUUCUACUCAGAGACGGGAGGUUUCCUUCCCGACAGAGUCAGUACUGCACGAGGUGGUGAGUCUCCAUCUGAGCGGCCCUCCUCCCAGCUUUCGUCUCUUCAGAUGAAGUCAAAAUUCACCAAGGAGGAAAGCGAAAUAUGGCACAAGCGGCCUUGUCCGUUACCCCUGCUGAAGGUGAUGGCUUUCUCAGUGAUCCACUUACAGCCUCUCAGACUGGUCCUGCUGGACUCUCUCCUGACUGACUACAUAGCUUUGGUUGAUUCCUACCUCAGCAACAGCCAUUACCAGCCUGAUGCACUGGAAUAUGUUGGCAUGGAAAGUGUGUUGGAGUUGCCCAGAGAGCUGAGGCAGCUGGAGGAAAUGCGUCGUGAGCGUCGUGAGUGGGCUUCCGGUCACUAUCCACUCACAGAGCAGGGCCUGCUGGCUCGCUUCAGCCCCAAACCUCAGCCUUCAUCCCAGGCCAUGCCUGCUGCAGAGGAUCAAAGUGAAGGGCACCCAGGCUUGUCUGAACCUGCAACUAUGGAACCAGCUUCAUCAUCACAAAUGAAGCUUCUUGUUAACCAGUCUACAGCAAUCCCUUUGAGCAACACCAGUGUUCCUGCUGUGGAUGUCCAGGUUCCUUCUCCUGCCACCAUGUCAGACGUCACCAGUCAAAUGUCCACCAACAGUUCUCUGUCUGCAGGAAGAGGAAGAGGCUUCCUUCUCCACUUAUCUCCCACUCAGAUCUCCAGAGAGAGCGCUGGUGACAUCAAAAGUCUGCGUGGUAUGGAAGUGGGUCCUUCCCCAGAAAAAACGCCAGAGCCACGCCUCUGUGAAAGUGAGCCGGCUAAAGAUGUUGUGGUUUGAGUGGAGAAAAAUUACCAUCAGCUCCUCAGCCCAGCUCAUUUUUGCUGACACAAUCAUUCAGGUCUUUCAGAUAUUAAAGCAGGCAUCACAAAACCUUUAAUGACAUGUUACAAAUGUUUGUUUUAUAAUGUUGUGAUUACUUAGCGUGACCAGUAGGUGGCAGUAAAUGUUCUGGGGUUGGGUUUUUUUGCAAAGGUUUGUUUGAUGGUAGGUUUCUUUUUAAUUCAUUUAUGUUUCAAGAAAGAAAUAUAUUUGGUCAUAAAUAUGCAGGAUUUCUGUUGUUUGAGAUAAAAUUUGUUUCUUUAGGUUCUCUUUUUUUUUUUUUUGUGUAUUUACACUAAAUCUUUCAACUUGUUUUAAGUGGUAGUUGACUGCACUCUUACCCACAGCAUCACAUUAAAAAUAAAAU